AUGUCUCUCACGACAGGCAGGAAGCGUACUCAUCUGGAGAUGCUUGACUCAAUCUCUGAAUACCAGGCUUUGCUUGCAGAUAUUUCACCACCACUCAAUAUCGGCUGGCCCAGCAGUCAGAAACUACCAGUUGGACUUGAGAAAGAUGCUGAAUCAGUGCAAGAUUACUGGAAAAACAGGCCUCUCAUCUUUCGCACCGACAAUUUAACAGAAGCUUCCAAUGACACACAAACGCAAAAUGCUGUGGUCUUCAUCCGAGAAAUCCUCCUGGAUCGUCUUCAUCCGGCGCGACUCUAUACUUUGGACGAACUGAAAACAUUUCAAUUCGACAUUCUCGUCCGUUGGAACUUCAAGGCCGAGGUGUCACCCAUGAUUACAGCAGUCGAUAUAGAGUGUCUAUUCAACCUACUCCACGCACUCAAGGGUGAUGCACGUCACAUCAAGCUAAAACUCUUCCGGAAGGACAUGCGCGAUCCCACCGAUCUGGGCGUAAACACAAGAAAAGAAAUCGCACCUAACCACACCGGCCGCUCAAGAUUCAUGAAGGAGAGAAUCCUGAACUUCUUGCACAUAUCGAUGAUGAAGUACACCGUGUACCGAAACGAAUCGAUGAAAUAUCCCUCGGACAGUGACUCGUCGAAAAAGCUCUCCUUCACAAUAGUCGGCGAUCGCGAGGAAGAGUUUGUCAAGUACAAAGACUCGUUGGCGAACAGUACUUCUCAGACACUUGAUUGUAUGUGGUAUCCCGAUGCGAUUAAGCAGGGCUUUGUUGAGCAUCAGAUGUGUAAGGCGUUUGAUGUUCCAGUCACGGAUAUUGAGAACGAUAAGCAUACUGCGGCAUAUCUCGCGACUGGUGUAGCCAUCCCUGCUCUCACCACUGAAAUAACUCCUCAGCUCUGGACUCGAGGCCAGCUUUGA